AGGAGGUGACACCCAGAAGGACUCACAACUCAAGUUCCUUGGGCUGCUGCAGUGGGGGAAAGCUCAGUUAUUGGUUGCCGCCAUGCCAAAGCUUCAGGGAUUUGAGUUCUGGAAGACCACUCUGAAGGGAGCUCGCUAUAUAGUGGCCCCCAUGGUUGACCAGAGCGAGCUGGCCUGGAGACUGCUGAGCCGCAGGCAUGGGGCCCAGCUGUGUUACACCCCCAUGCUGCAUGCCCAGGUGUUUGUCCGAGAUGCCAACUACCGCAGAGAGAACCUGUACAAUGAGGCAUGUCCUGAGGACCGGCCUCUCAUUGCACAGUUUUGUGCAAACGACCCAGAAGUGUUUGUCCAGGCAGCUCUGUUGGCUCAGGACUACUGUGAUGCCAUUGACCUCAACCUUGGCUGCCCACAGAUGAUCGCUAAGAGAGGUCAUUAUGGUGCCUUUCUGCAGGAAGAGUGGGACCUUCUCCAUAAAAUGAUCUCAAUGGCCAACGAGAAAAUUUCAGUGCCCAUCACAUGUAAAAUCCGUGUCUUCCCAGAGAUUGAUAAAACUGUAAAAUAUGCCAAAAUGCUGGAAGAGGCUGGAUGCCAGCUGCUGACGGUACACGGUCGCACCAAAGAGCAGAAGGGGGCCUUGACUGGAGUGGCUAGCUGGGAGCACAUUAAGGCUGUCCGGAAGGCUGUGGGCAUCCCUAUGUUUGCAAAUGGUAACAUCCAGUACCUGAGUGAUGUUCACCAGUGUAUUGAGGAGACUGGAGUGGAGGGGGUCAUGAUUGCAGAGGGCAAUCUGCACAACCCUGCUCUGUUUGAGGGCCGCAGCCCCCCGGUGUGGGAGAUUGCUGAGGAGUACCUGGAGGUGGUCCACCAGCACCCCUGCUCCCUAUCAUACGUGCGUGCCCACCUCUUCAAACUGUGGCACCACACGCUGCAAAUCCAUCAGGAGCUUCGAGAAGAGUUAGCAAAGGUCAAAACCAUCGCUGGAAUGGCGCAAGUCAGCCAAGAGCUGAAGAAACGAUGCCAGGAGGAACUAGCCAAUCAGGUUGAAGGAGAGAAGCCUGCAGGCGGGCUCCUAUUCCCUCAUUGGAUCUGCCAGCCGUACGUCAGACCCGGGCCUAAGGAUGUGCAGUGUGAAAAUGGGAAGUCUACAGCACUGGCAAAGUCUGUGUGUGUAAAGAGAGCUUUGGAGGUCACUGAGGGUAGCUCCGAGUUCCUGUCCAAGAACAAGCAGAAGAAGAAAGCUCGCAAUCCCAACAAGAACUUCAACCUCGAACAGAAACCAAAAUACAUCAAGUGUGAGCAGUGUGGAAACCCAAAGGGUAAUAAGUGUGUCUUCAGCCUGUGCCGGGGAUGCUGUAAGAAGAAGUCUUAUAAAGAAAUGGCUGACUGUCCAGGUCACGGGCUGCUGUUCAAGACCAAGUACGAGAAGUCGCUGAAGUGGAACUCCGGGCUUGCGGAGGGGCAGGUGAACGGGGAGAGGCGUGAAGACACCGCCACAGAGCGAGACAGGAGUGAGGGCGACCUGGUGGCCUGAGAUAGUCUGGACAGAUGUACAGUGUUGCUGCUGCUAACUGUAAACCAAACCACUCAGAAUGGAAAGGAGGAGGGAAAGGGCUGCAGUCUGGACUACACAGUGUAUUGGUGCGGGUCCUAUUUAUUCGGGGUGUCGUCUUGCCGGGAGAUGGGAAAAGAGUGUUUUUUACUUUUUUUUUUUUGCCUUUACAAUGAACAGAUGCAUUUUGAGGAAUUGCCCUUUUUAAAUAUUUAUUUCCCACCAAACAGCUUUUAAAGCCAUUUCCUACUUCCUAAACUUUUGAUCUGAUAUUUGUUUAUGAAGGGGGCCCAUUAUGCCUUUUUACAUCAAUCAGAAUUAAAUAGUGUCUUUUCUCUUUGACUUUAAAUCACCCCCACAUCCAGAAGGUAAACCUCCUGACUUAAUAGUAACAGGAAUGAGGGAUUUAGUAGUUUUAAUAACAAUAGAAAUGUUUUAUUGCAGAAAAUAUGAAUUAUUAUUUUAAGGUUUCUUUUGCAUUGGUUGUCCACUUUCUAUACUUUCAGUAAGGUCAAAAUGGUGAGUGAAUUUUAAUGGUAUGUGGUGUGACAAAGCAAACUAUAUCACUUUAUUGCAUUAAGAUGCUUUGUAUUUUAAGGUAUUGUGUCUACUGAGUAUUGUCAAGUAUAGGUGUAUUGCUGUAACAGAGACAAGGUUACACACAGAAAUUUGACACUAAUUUAAAGACAUCUGAAUUAUAGACCAAAAAUUGCUGAAGACAAAAAAACCUAAUCAUUCGUCCUCCAAAUGACUUUAUUUUAAGGAAAAUGUCCUUAAAAUAGCAGUGCAAAUGCGUUUUCAUAUAGGUAAUUGUUGGACCUGAAAAUAAUUGAAAUAUUUAAACUACUAAUCCUAAAUAGUCCCAAAGGAAAUAAUUCACCAUGUAAAGUUUAGCCAUUUUUGGGAUGUGGGGACUGAGAUCACUGUUUUUUACAAAGCCUGUUAAUACCUCUGACUUUCCAGAAAUAUAUUUGUAACUGCAGGAUGCUUAAGAUCCAGAAGACCCUCAGACUGGUGUAUGGAACAUCAGGCACACUACUGAAGUCUUAAAGCCUUUCUCUCUAUCCAUCUUGAAGGACUUUUCCCCAGAGUUUGAAGUGUCCAAUUCAAAGACACCCGAGUUCUGAGCAAAGAGAAGCAACGACUUGUGAAUAUUCUGUGUUCACCGGCAGAAUCUAUUUGCUAGAUAUUGACUACAGAAAGCCUGAUUUCUUAGCUUUGAGCAGUGCUUCCUUUUAUCCACAUCCACCGCAUCAGCAGAGAUAACUGAAGAAGAAGGAGAGUCAUCCAUGGUUUAAUUUUAUUAUCCUGUGGGAAUGACAUAGGGACUGUAAUUUUCACUUUCAUGAUCUCAGGAUAACCCUGACGUUUUCUAGUAAUAUUUUUUAAUCUGUUAGGACACACAGUUGAGUUCUAGAAUGAUAUUGAUUUCCCAUAAAUGUAUGCUAAAAACAGUCAAGAAACCUAAUGAUAAUAGUACUGUCUAUACAGCAGAUAAAUUCAUCUGUGUACAUGGCUUGCUCGAUUGUUGGUACCAUACUUUGAUACUGUUUUUCUGCCUCACCGUUAACUAGAUAGUUAUUUUUGUCAGAAUAUUUCAUCACACAUUUUGAAUUGAGGAUAAACUGGUUAUCCUUUUGUUCCUGCUCAGAUAACUAGAAAAUGUAAUAGUGACGUAUUCCACAUGUAAGUACUAUUGUAAUUAAUUCAUUCCAUCUGUCUCUGGGAUGGAGAGAAUCCUCAUCACUCUCAUUAACUGUCUUGUGUGCAAUACUGUAAUCACACAGGACUUUACUAUAUAAUCCAGGGGAUGAUAAUUAAAAAACAUGAUUACAAGAAAAAAACAGAUGUGCCCCUCCAUAAGACUUUGCUAUCAACACAAGCUAAAAAGUUUGAACAAUAUUUGCUAAACCACACAGGCUGUGAAUUUAAUUUUCUGUCUUGUUCGAAUGUAAAAAGCAUGAUCAUAAUACUUUAUGUAGAUCCAUCAUCUGUAUGACAUGGACUCUAGUCUAUGGACUCUGGCUAGUUUUGGAUUCAGUUUAAUGUGUCCUUCGUAAAGUCUUCACUUGACGAAGGUGGAUUUUAUCUUUUGUCGUUUCAUGAGGCUGCAUUAAAAACAUGCCUUGAGAUUGAA